UUCAACGCGUUGACAGGUCACAUGACCCGCCCGCCUCAAUCCCGAUGACAAGCACAAACCAACCCCUUGCCUCGGUCCUUUUACGGUCAUCUGCAUCCUCAUCGGCACCCGCCUCCUGAAGCCCUCGAAAACACAGCUGCGAGCCCACUCUCGUCAACCCUCCUACACGCUCCAAACAGUCAAAAGACAGCCAGCUUUCAGUCAUGUCGGUCACAUUCACAGAAGCUUGUCCCGUAUACAGCCCAUUUUUUGGUGCUAUGGGCUGCACUGCAGCUAUCGUCUUCACUUGCUUUGGCGCUGCAUAUGGAACGGCAAAGUCUGGAGUUGGAAUCUCGAUUAUGGGUGUGAUGAGGCCAGAGUUGAUCAUGAAGAACAUUGUGCCAGUCGUCAUGGCUGGUAUCAUUGCCAUCUACGGUCUGGUCGUGUCCGUGCUGGUUAGCGGUGGAUUGCAACAAAAAAUGUCCCUUUUCGCCGGUUUCAUACAGUUUGCCGCGGGAUUGAGUGUCGGAUUGAGCGGUCUCGCUGCUGGUUUCACCAUCGGUGUCGUUGGCGACGCAGGAGUCAGGGGUACCGCGCAACAGCCACGUCUCUUCGUCGGGAUGAUUUUGAUUCUCAUUUUCGCUGAAGUUUUGGGUCUUUACGGACUUAUCGUCGCCCUGAUUCUGAACACAAAGGCCGACCCAACCGCCGGAUGCGCAUAAGCUACUUCUACGACACUAGUGACAUCUAGACCCUUUUGCUGCAUAAGAAGAGGGCAUGUUUAUGGUGCGGGAGACAGACAGACGCCGUGAAUUUUUAAUGUGGGGGAAAUCAGAAAGCUCGUAAACACCUCCAAAAAAAUGAAUAUCUAUGUACAACCAGGAUCUGCACAAUCCAUCAUGAGUCUUGAGCGGUUUUGGAGAUGUUCUUAUCUGGAACC